AUUAAUUAUGUGUAUGCAGCUCUAAUUAGUGAUUUCAACCGCGUGAAUAUAGCCAACAUUUUUUAAUGUUACUUUAAUGAAGGGUUAUCAAUCGCACAAGGUAUUUAAUUUUAACCCAUUGCUGUCAAGUACAUUUUAUGUCUUACUAUUAUAUCUCCGUAUGUAUGGCUGUUUAUUGUCAAUGAUAUACUUUAUUGGCUUGAUAAAGGCCUUCUCAGGCUUGGCAUACUUGGCCCUGACAUUGAGAAACAUCUUCAGUCAUUUAAUUUCGUCUAUUUGAUACCCAUUAGCAGGAAGAUUGUGACAUCAAUUAUUGCGAUGUCACGUGACAAUCGCAAUUGGGAAUUUGUGAUUGUUUGAAAUUGUGAUUGUUUACGAUCGCG